AUGCAAUCAUUUGUUGAUGCUCAGAUUGUAUCACUUCAGGUGUUGGAUGUUAGAGUGCCAACAUCAAAGGACCAGGUUGGUUCGGAUGCCAUGCACACCAAUCCCGACUACAGUUGUGCCUAUGUCAUCCUAAAGACCAACAAUGAUCAUCUAGAGGGUACUGGAUUGACAUUCACUCUUGGAAAGGGUACUGAUGCAGUUGUCCAAUGUGUCAAUGCAAUGAAGGACUUGGUGAUUGGAAAGACAAUGUCUCAGGUGUUCAAGGACUAUGCGGCAUUCUAUCGAUCAUUGACAUCUGAGCCACAACUAAGAUGGAUUGGACCAGAGAAGGGCGCACUCCACCUGGCGACAGCAGCCGUGCUCAAUGCCAUUUGGGACCUCUACUGCAAGUGUCAUGGCAAGCCAUUGUGGAAGGUCAUCGUGGAUAUGACACCACAACAAGUGGUCUCACUCAUUGACUUUAGGUACAUCACUGACGCCCUGACCAGAGACGAGGCGCUCAAGAUCCUCACAGACCGCGAGUCCACAAAGCGCCAGCGCGAGGAGCACAUGCUCAAGGAGGGCUUCCCCGCCUAUACAACCAGCGCCGGUUGGCUCGGCUACAGUGACGAGAAGAUCACCAAGCUGUGCAAGGAGGCGCUCGAGGUUGGCUUCACGCACAUCAAGAUCAAGGUGGGCAAUGACAUUGACGACGACAUUCGUCGUUGUCGACUGAUUCGUCAGCUGAUUGGACCUGAUCGCAAGCUUAUGGUCGAUGCCAAUCAACGCUGGGACGUCGAUCAGGCCAUCCAGUACAUGAAGCGUCUGGCUGAGUUCGACCCAUGGUGGAUCGAGGAGCCAACCAGCCCUGACGACAUCCUCGGCCACGCCGCCAUUGCCAAGGCUAUCGCGCCAAUCAAGGUGGCAACUGGCGAGAUGUGCCAGAACAGGGUGAUAUUCAAACAGUUGUUGCAGGCAAAGGCCAUGGACUUUUGCCAAGCGGACAGUUGCCGUCUGGCCGGCCCGUCCGAGGUGAUCACCGUCAUGUUGAUGUGCGCCAAGUUUGGCGUGCCCGUAUGCAUGCACGCUGGCGGUAUUGGCCUGUGCGAGUACGUCAACCAGCUGUGUCUGAUCGACUAUAUCUGCAUCGCGGGAUCACUAGAGAACCGAGUGACCGAGUAUGUAUGUCAUCUGACCGAGCUGUUCAUCAACCCAUCAGUGAUGAAGAGCAGUCACUAUCAAUGUCCAGUCAACCCUGGCUAUGGCUGCGGUCUUACCCCCGCCGCCUUGGCCGAGUACACCUUCCCCAGUGGUAGCUACUGGGUCAAAGAGUGUUCAUCAUCCAACAAAUAA